UUCCCCGCCGAACUUGUUGCGCAUGCGCAGCCCCGCCUCCGUGUGUCAGAGGUUACCUCCAACUCUACUGAGGGUAGAGGCACUUCCGGGGCAUUUCGGUAAAAGGCGUGGCGUUUUUUCCCUAUUACUCUAGGCUGUGCUCAGGCACGGCCACUGGAUCCCUCCCGUCUGGUCCUGGGCCGUGUACGCGGGCGGGCAAAGGUCGGGACGUGAUGAUCUCAUGCUCCACGCGAUGAUGUCAUCCGCGCCCUGGUGCACACAGGACACGUUCUCGCCGGUCCUCCGCCGUCCGAGGAACUCCUAGUUGCCUACGGGUGCGGGGUUCAUAGUGUCGGUGCACUUCGUAGGGCACACGCACCGAGACGCGCGAGGACUCGGCGACCCGGACGCCGCGGCGCCUGCAGCUCAGGCCCGCCUCUGCCCUUCCCCAAGGCCGGCCCAAUCUCGCCCCGUUGGCCCGGCGGUCUCCGGCGCAGAGGCUGGGCUAGGGGGCCCUGCAGCUCCGGAGGUCGCCGUGGGCUAAGAGCGCAGGCUGUCAUAGGCUAUGUUGGGCAAGGAUUAUAUGCUGGCCAUCAUUCUGGUCAACUGCGAUGAUGACUUGUGGGGGGACCAAAAUCUGGAGGGGGAGACAGGAUUACCCCCUGGCUGGAGAAAGAUCCGUGAUGCUGCAGGCACUUAUUAUUGGCAUGUACCCAGCGGCAGCACUCAGUGGCAGCGCCCAACCUGGGAACUAGGAGGUGCAGAGGACCCAGGAACGAGGACGGAGGGGAUUUGGGAACUGCGACCCCCCAAGGGGAGAUCCUUCUCCAGCCUGGACAGUUCAUUGAACCGGAGUAACUCUCUGACAUGGUAUGGUGAAGAUUCCUAUGUCCGGAGCCUGGAGCCAGGAGCUAAGUGCUUUGCAGUCCGCUCUCUGGGCUGGGUAGAGGUGCCUGAGGAGGACCUGGCACCAGGGAAGAGUAGUAUUGCUGUCAAUAACUGUAUCCAGCAGCUGGCCCAGACUCGCAACCGGAGCCAGCCCCAUGAUGGUGCCUGGGGUGAGGGCCAGAACAUGUUGAUGAUCCUGAAGAAAGAUGCCAUGAGCCUGGUGAAUCCCCUGGACCACAGUUUGAUCCAUUGUCAGCCUCUGGUUCACAUCCGUGUCUGGGGUGUGGGCAGCUCCAAGGGCCGUGACAGGGACUUUGCCUUUGUUGCGGGUGACAAAGACAGCUGUAUGCUCAAGUGUCAUGUGUUUCGCUGUGAUGUGCCUGCAAAGGCCAUUGCAAGUGCUCUACAGGGGCUCUGUGCACAGAUCUUGUCGGAGAGGGUAGGAGUCAGUGGAGAAGCUGCUUGCUGUUCCCCAGAUCCUAUUUCCCCUGAAGACUUACCAAGGCAAGUGGAGUUGCUGGAUGCAGUGAGCCAGGCUGCUCAGAAAUACGAGGCACUGUACAUGGGGACCCUACCAGUCAACAAAGCCAUGGGUAUGGAUGUGCUGAAUGAGGCCAUUGGUACCCUCACUGCCCGCGGGGACCAGAAAACCUGGGUUCCUGCUAUGCUCAGUGUGUCUGACUCUCUGAUGACUGCGCAUUCCAUUCAGGCAGAGGCUAGUGCAGAGGAAGAACCAUUGUGGCAGUGCCCUGUGCGUCUUGUGACCUUUAUUGGUGUUGGCCGUGAUCCACACACCUUUGGCCUCAUCGCUGACCUUGGUUGUCAGAGAUUCCAGUGUGCAGCCUUCUGGUGCCAGCCUCAUGCUGGGGGACUUUCUGAAGCUGUGCAAGCUGCCUGUAUGGUUCAAUACCAGAAGUGUCUGGUGGCCUCAGCAGCUCGGGGUAAGGCCUGGAGUGUCCAGGCCCGUGCCCGCCUUCGGCUCAAGCGGACCAGUUCCAUGGACUCCCCUGGUGGCCCCUUGCCUCCCCCACUACUCAAAGGAGGGGUUGGUGGUGCUGGGGCAGCUCCUCGAAAGCGGGGCGUCUUCUCAUUUCUUGAUGCCUUCAGGCUAAAACCUUCUCUUCUCCAUAUGUCCUAAACUGAUCUUAGAGGGUUGGGGAAGGAGGCUUUACACUCCUCCAGUUCCCAGGGUUCUGUAGCCUCUCACCUUCCUGCCUAUCCCCGAUCCUUGCCUACCCUCUAUUUAUUACCAAGUUUCUUGUUAAUAUGGAUGACUGAGAGGCCCUGCACUAUAACUUAGGCCCCUGGCACCCUUUUCCUUGGGUCCUUUUGUUCCUUGCCCCUGUCCAACCCUGGACAAUUGGCUCUACCUCAGCAACUUUAUAGCAGAAUCAGCGCAAAUAAAAAUCCCUCAGUGACCUCACUAGUUGUGAGUAUAUUAGACGUGGGAUAAGGUUGGGGACCAUCAGCUUGUGUGAGGUGGGUAUGUAUGCUUGGUGUUGUUGACUGCCUUUAGUCACACGGGGCAUGGUGCAUAUUGGAAAUGUGACUGCAUUCAUUCAGCAAACAAUUUACGAGAUUUUCUGUGCCAGAUAUUAAAGUAGGCCUAUUAGGAUUCCUUCUGAGACUUUCUGAGGUGAAACAACCAAAUAGGUAAGCAGAAGAUACCAGGAACUACCAGAGGGUUGUGGGAGCUCAGCUGAGACUUGUCCAAGGCAUUUCAGAAGACUUCUGAAGAGUCGACAUAUUUGUGUAUUGAAGAAGUUCUUCUUAGUGAGCCUAGAGAAAAUAAAAAUUGUGCAGGCAGUCUAUUGAUAAGCGAGCUUCCAGAGGUUGAUGUGAUUAGAUCCAGCAGGUACUUCUGGUGAAUUUGCGCCUGAGAGCAAACUAGGAGAUGUUAGAAAAACCUACCUGUUUGGUGCUCCUUGACAAAGUCUCCAUCCAGAUCAUCUUUUUUUGUUUGGUUUUUCGAGACAGCGUUUCUCUGUAGCUUUGGAGCCUGUCCUGGAACUAGCUCUUGUAGUAAACUAGCUCUUGUAGACCAGGCCAGCCUG